UUAGCCUGACUAGCCAGCUAACACAAUCCUUUGUAUCGUUCUCCUUAAAUAUUAUUUAUUCUGUUUUCGGCGACAGGUGGUAUGUUGUAUUGAAAAGAAAACACCUCUCAGUGUUUAGGAAACGGUCGAUAAUUACUUUUCCAACCAAAACAGUAACGUUAUGAACGCUGUCAGGAUAAAGUCAACGUAAAGCUGCUGCUAACUGAAAUUAGCAUCGACAAUGUUGCUAUUUAGCGUUGCUACGCCCCUUGGCAUUAUCUUGGCUGGUGUGUUUCUGGGACUGUGCUGAAGUGUCCUUGACUUUCUUCUAGAAGUUUCUUUAUCUGGAACCUGGAGACAUAUUUCCAUGGAUGUAUAAAGAGGAUAUUCCCCACUGGCCUAGAGAUACGACUCUGGGAAAUCAAGUUAAAUUUAAUUUACAUUGCUGGGCGACUGUUCUUCUGUUUUUUUGCACCUUGUGAAAACUUGCUAUAUAUUUUAGUUCAACUCUGACAUGAACUGGGACAAUCAGCUGAGCUCUAUCCUGUCAGUGGCAGAUGGCAGAGUUGCAAAGAUGAGGGAGAGACUGACGUCACCGGGGAAAUUCGCCAAAGGAGGAGAAGAUUUCUUCCCAACAAGGGAGAGGAUUCAUGAUUCAGAUUUGUGCUCUCCUGCUCUUCCUCCUCGAGCCCCCCUUCUCCGACAGCCUUCCCCGUCUCUCAGUCCUACAGUUCAGUGGGCAGACCUAGCUGCUAUCCAGUCACAACUCCAGAUACAGAGCCAGGCGAUUGAGUCUCUCACCCAGAAACUCCGUGACGUGGAAAGAGAGAGACAGUCUCAACAAUGUCACAUCCAGACGCUACAAGAGGAGGUACACGGGCUGCGUGAGGAGCAGAGGCAGAGGGGACAAAGUCCAGGAGCAGAGAGAAGGAUGGAGCAGUGGAGGAGAGAGGUUGGACGUGAGCUGAGCAGUCUGCGGGGACACAUCACCAGAGCCACGUCGCUAGGCAACCUAGAGGAGAGUUUCAGCUCUAAGCUGCACCGAGAGGAGCUGGAGCACCUGCGGAGGGAGGUGGACCUACUGAAGACACAGCUAAGAAGACAGGGGGAGGACGUGUUCCUCCAGCAGGCAGAGGCCAGGAGGCAGUACGAGCACGGCUGCAAGACGCUGGAGGAGCUGACAGACAGCUACAGAUCUCACAGCACUGAGCUGGCAAAGACCGUCUCUCAGUACUCUCACACACAACAAGAGGUCCGCCUGAUCAGAACAACUGUAUCAGAACUGACGGAGGAGGUCAGGAGACUUAUUCUCAAAGAACGUCAACCAACACCUUUGCUGGCAGCGCACACAUCAGGGGCAUCACCGCUCUCGCUCCCUGGCAGCCCCAGUCGAGCGGUCAGAGUUGAGGAGGCGGAUUCUGACUCGGAAGACUUCAGCCCGACCCCGAGCCUGGCUGAGGUCAGCUCCGAUGAUCUGUCAUGGCUUGAGGACAAAGACCCUGCUUUUCAUCAGAAGCCGCGAGUGCGUCUGAGCGUUCAGUCCAGACGGAGCGACUUUGCUGGUCCGGCAUCAGAUCUGGAGGACGAACGAUGAUGAUGAUGAUGGUGGUGAUGACCUCCUUGAUGAAGAUUUGAACCCAGAUUUAGGAUCUGACCUAAGUCUUGAUGACCUCUGACCUUUUUUCGUACGGUGACUGUUCUGUAAUUUGACUUGGGAAGGAUUCAGCAAAAUGAAAACCUUUCUUCCGGCUUCUCCAACACACCACCCGAGAUGUUUUUAAAUUGCUGAGUCGUUUAGAGUUACAGCUCCAUUCUGAAAUACAAAACUUUAAAAAUAGAAAUGGUCAGGGUAAGAGAAACUGCCAUAUGGCUCAUAUCCUUUGUUUUCUCAAGGGUACGGAAACAAAGAACAGAUGACUUGGCAUUACAACAAAUAACAACAAGUACUUAAGUCAUCCUACUUAGUGUUAUUGCUUAAACACACGAUAUGUAUCUGCUGCUUAGAGGUUUCUCAAGCAAAACAAAAGUUUGGUGGCUUCGUGAAGCAGCGUGGGAUAAUGGGAGUUGCGGUCUUCAAAACCAUUUACGUCAUUGCGGUCAGCUUCUCCCGGUUAGUAUUCCUUCAGUGAUCAUCUCCUCCGCUCCGAAACGGGUGAUUCAAACCUGUAAAAGCACUUAAUAAAAGCAGUUUCCCUGAUGCUGUUUGGCAGACGAGAGGUACCGAAGGUGCAGUGAGCAGUGAGUGAGUUAAUAAUAAUACUACUACAUUUAUUUAUGUGCCCACUAAUGUCUGCUCAUCUCGUUUCUCUGAUCACUUAAAAUCCAUGUUCUCAAACGCUGUUCGGCCAAAAAGGAGGCUUUUUCAGCUUCUUUCUCCGACUUAAAUCUUCAUCCGGUUAAAACAUUGAAAUUCCAAAAGUUAAGCUUAAAAUUGGAUUAAAAAAAUAAUAAUAACGGCUCCUGGCAGACAACCACGACGCUGACACAUGCGCCACUAAACAGGCGACCAGGUUACCUUAAUUAAAUGGCAAUUGUUGGAAACAUUUGGGAUAAUGAAAGUACACAAGUCGACGGCAUAUAACAUCGGCCGAGUCGUUUUUAGACAUUUUAAUGUGGAAAAGUAACAUCAUAUACCUUUUUGUUUUAUAGAACUGCUUAUAAUGUGUGAUUCAUGCCAUUGAGGAAACUUUCGUUCCGUCCGGGGAAUUCUCCAAAGCUAUUUUUAAAGUUAUUUGUGAGAAUACCACAAGUGUUACGUGUUAUCAAGUGUUGCUUCUCUUGAUUAUUCUUUAAUCUGGUCCCAUGUGACUCGCACACAAACUCGUGCUCCCACAGUGCGCUGAAACAAACCACCAAAAGAGUCAGCAUUGUUUGCCCUCAGUCUUUGGUAGUUGGUUAAUCCUCUUUAAAUGAUCAGCAGUAACAGUCUCCACAUGUUCAGACCGGUUGGAUGCUGGUAACAAAGUGAAGAGACAAGCAGCUGUUUAAGAUUCUCUGUGAGAGCGUCUCAUUCAGAAACUGUCGUCUUUUUAUAAUCAGCAUUAUUUCUCUCUGUAAGCUUGACUGAUUUAAACCUUUUGCCACAAAAUGUUUGAAUCAGUCGCUCUCCAAGGGAUAGAUUGCUUUCUAUUUUUGCCACACCCUCUGCACCCUCGCUGCGAGUCACUGAAGAUAAAUUAUGGGUCUUGCCAGAGUGAAAGACAGAAGCUCUGUAAUUGGUCCGCUAAACCACAACGUUUGGUUUCAGGCAGAAUAUUUAUAAAUGGUUCCAUUUGGGGUUGUUGGGAUUACAGAUUGUUGGGGUGAGGUUUAGGUCUGCAGGAUCUCUGCCUACAGCGCGAUCCAUAAGAACAUCACUGUGCGUUUUGAAUAGCAAAAUAAGAGCCCACAGUAUGCUUAUAUCUCCUUAAAUUGUUUUCUUUAUUAUUUUAUUUGUUAUAUAACUUUAACUUUAUGAAAGUGCACUUUGAUCCCUUGAUGUACAGUUAUAUAUCAAGAUUCACAGUAAGCUUUAAAGUUGUGUUGAUCAAGUAUUAUAUGUAAGCUACACCCGUCAGUGUAAUGGAUAUUUAAUGGGCUUUUCUUCCUGACACGAUGCACUCUUGCAUCCAGGAGAAAGCUGAUGAGGGAUGGGGUUUUGAUUCCUGGUAAUGCAGGUGAAGUGAAGACGAGGCGAAACCGAAAAUCUAUAAGCAUUACAGAGGCACCAGCAGGUCUUUAUAUACUGACGGCUCCGUUAAGACAGUCGAGACUCCCUUCAUGAGCAAGCUGAUAAAUAUUUCAGCAUCCAGACACCACCCCCUCCCAUAUCGAGGAUCCCAGACCACAGAGCGAGGGGGGGGUGAAAGUGACUACAGACACUUUCCAGUUCAUUAUCAAGACAAAUUGUCUCACUAGUCAAUAUUAAGAAAUAAAAGUCCUUUCAGGAAACGGUAACUGGCACCGAGCAGUACGCAACAGUGUUUAAACAAACUUCAGCUGACCCGCUCUCCUUGUAUCGCUGCUGAGAGUGUGGUUGAAGAGACGUUUAAUGAAGAAAAGGCUCAUUUCUUUGUUAUUGUGGCCAGAUAAUGGCUGAUGAAUCAGACCCUUC